GGCCCACCGGUAUACGGGACCUUUCGUCGUCAGCUUGAACAAUGAAUUCAGUUCGCUCGCAGAAUAUCCACGCCUUCGUCAAUACUUGCCCCUUCCCACAACCGUGCACGCUUACAGGGAACCCUUUCUUCAGAUUUGGAUCCCCUCCAAGGCCGUAAAGGCUGUUUUUUUUUAGCUGAAAGAAAACUUCCAAAUGACUUCUGUCAAGAUUUUAAGAAGAAAUCUUGGAUGGACUUAUUAAACAGGCCCCGUCGUUUAAAUCGUCCCGAACAAAAGCUGUGAGGGGGACAUACCUCUUUGAAGACGCCUCAGUGAUUUCUUGUAGGUCGAAGAGAAAUUCGUCUUAUGGGAAAGGACUGUCCUGUGCUCUGGCAGUCUAAGUGAGUUGUAUUGGAGUAAACAAGAAGACAGAGAAAUACAGUUGUCAUUGUGUAUGUUUGUAGGUGGAGGAUUAGCCGAGGUGUCUGAAUGGGAGACGACUUUGAAUUAAAUCCAUGUUGAGAAGAUUACCUUGAAUUCAUAUAAGUGAUACUACUUUCCGGACUACCUUUCCCAAGCACACUCUUGGAAACGAACCUCGAUCGGUUUCAUCAUCGUUUUGACCAAGCUAGGACUAAGGAGAAUAUCAUGUAUUUCCCCCGUUAAUUUCCUGUCCACGAUGUCUUCUUAUUCACAACUUUGUGGUUUUUGUUCAUAGCUGCUCUGUAACAAAAGUUUAUAUUCGGAACCAUUCGUCUUGGAUUUAUUCUCUCUGAAUCUGAUGUCCAUCAAACGGAAUAUUAACAAGGAUAUACUUCAGUGGAGAUUUUAGGAGUAUUUGCUGAUUUUAAGAUGAUUUCUCUUCGAAUUCCCGUGUUACACGUUCGAAUCUCUCUGCUGUGUCGGCUUGCCCUUGUCUUACCCGUGGUCGCCGCCCUGCUCAACGAGCCCGGCGCCCUGAUCGAAGAGGCUGCUACCGUUACUGAAGAGGGCCUCAAUCUCCUGCCCGGAGAGUCGCUUUCAAACAGAAUAAAGAGAGAGUAUACAAACAACAGAGCAGCCAGGCGACGGGUCUUCAAGCAGACUGACAUUAAUGGCGAUGGCCUGGUGACCCGGAAGGAAUACGUCAUUCGAAAUGGAAACAUGACGGAAGAGGAGCUCGACAUCCUGUUCGGGGCUUUCGAUGUCGAUGGUGAUCGUAGCUUGUCUCAGGAUGAGUUCGUCCGACAUGGAUUCGUCUGGGUCGUCGCUCAAGAAUGCGAGUUUGAAGCGAUAAGAAGGUGUGACGAUGAGUUUGUUUAUCUCAUCCGUGCUUCCGACCCUUCCAAUGGAGAAACCCAACAGGGCAGGCUAUGCAAAGCUUUCCAGACCUAUUUCGACUGCAUCGAACACGAGCAAGUAUCUUGCGACAUCACAUCCUACUCCCAGGCGGUAAUUGACCUCAUCGCUACCUACCGUACCGUCCAUUUCUGCCCCGAUCUCGACUUCGGAGGUCUGAUGUCGAUGACCACCGAUAAUGUCGACGGUGACGAGGACGGUGUCGAUAUGAUGAUUGGCGGCGAGAAUGACGGCACUGAGAUGGAACAUUCAGAACUGUUUUCGUCUGUACAGGAUCAAGAGACUGAUGAGGAUGGUCAUGAUGUCGAAGGACAUCGGCUCAAAAGAUCGACUCACUCAGAACAUCGACAUCAUCAUCGCUCCAAGUUGCCUUGGUGGAGUAGGGGGCUGGGGUCGUUGUUCGGCAUAGGAAAAGACGACGGAAGCUGUUCCACGGAGGCUCUGACGUCGUGCACGGAGUCGUUCAAUGACGAGCUACGAAGUUUCGAGACCAAAAUCGAUUUCUGCACAAGUCUGUCCGAUUACCGACACUGUGUAUCAAGACAGGCAAGGCUAUGCCAGGAUUCUGAGCUACUAGAAGUGGAGAAUGGCUUACGACAAUGGUUGCAUCUUCAUCGUAAACUGGACUUAUGCUGAGAAAGAGAUUCUUUCUGCACAGACCAAUAUUAUUUAAUAUGAACUUAAAUCCACGGGCGCAUCGAUCUCUUAAGAUAAAUACAAUUAGCAUUUGCGUGAUUGCUGUGAUUAAAUAUACUAUAGGCAACUGCAUCAUUGAAAUGAAAUUUCGAAGUAGAAUUCAUAUAGUAAUCAAACAAUGAUGAUUUAAAAACAGGGGCGAAGCGAUUGGGUGCAAUGAGUGGCUAAAAGGAAUAUUAGAAAAUAGAAGAAAAAAGAGGAAGCAAUGGCAAGAAAAAAGGAAGAAAAUUGGUAGGCCUCGGACUACAAUACAUUUAUCAUGUCUAUGUGUCAAUUGAGAGCAAAAUUUUGGUUGGAUUUCCGCCACCCCAUAAAAAUUUCCCGACACUGAUUUUAUGAAAUAUAACGCAUGAUAAUAACUUAUUUAUUAUCAACUAGUCAUGAUGCUCGUACUCAAUUUGACUCUUAAAAUAAUCAUACAAUCAUGUUCUUUUUUAAUCUUUGAAAUGACAGCUUGACACUAUAUCAAGAACAAGAUGCCAAUAAAUUAAUUUUAGGAAUCUUGUCAUGCAGGUAUAAAUAAGUUUAAUCAUAACGGAUAACACCAUCGUAAAAAUAAUAGAAAUAAAAACAUUGAGCUUUGAUGAUAACCAGUGUCCUUUUAAACAAUAUUAUUGUGAAGUGAUUAUUUGUCUCUUUUUCUUGUGUGUCUCUUGGAUGAAUGUCAUCCUAUGCCGCAUAAAAUGCGUUUUCAUUACUCUGUUCAUUUCAUUUUGUACGUUGUAUAAUCAGUAUACAUAAUCAAUUGUGCUUUUAUCUUGUUUAUGAUAAAUUAUGACGCUUAGAAGACUAAUGAAAUUCUAAUCAUUGACUUACGAAUCUUAAUAGGUCAUAAUGAGUGACAAUCCAUCGAAUUAUAUGUGGAAUAUGAAGUAAUUUAGUGAUUGUUUUAAAAUACCUGUACUGUGAUCUUCAUUCAUUCGAAAAUAAUUUUUGACCUAACUGAAUUGAUGUUUAUUGAUUAUCUACAAUAAUUGUUUUGCAUGUUUAACUAUGAUAAUUGCAUUUGAUGAUAGUGAUGAUGUUAUAUGAACUUUUUGUAUAUCAGGUGUUGUGAAUCAGCGAAUCACGAUAGCAUGAAAGUUGUACUAGUAAUUAAUGUAAAAGAAAGGGGGAAGGGCUGUGAUCUGGUGACUGGAUAUCAGGUGAUAAUAAAAGAAAAUAAACAUAAAAGAAAAUAAAAGUGGAAAGGGGAAGGGCAAGUGGAAGAACACGGUAUACGCAUUAGAAAAAAAGAUAACCCCAAAUAUAAAGUAACAAAAUCAGAAGGAUUUUACUUAACAUGCUUAAUUACUCUUUAAAAAAAAAGAUAAAUCGCCUUUGACUAAAAGGGAUGGCAUACUUGCGCCCUCAAAAUUCGUAUACAUUAGAGAUAAAGAGGGAGAGGGGAUAUCGUGCUUAUUUUUAUGACAAUUUUUGCAAAAAAAAUAGUUUUUGAUGUAUGCUGUGAUAUGAUAUUAUCAGAAAAACGUGCUUCAUUUUAUUUGUGUCGUAAUACAGGCGCAGAUCCAGAGUUGGACUGUAACGGAAGUGCCC